UCAACUUCUCCUGGCAGGUAAUGACGGACGACCAACGCAAGAUGGCAGCACUCGUCCUGGUAUACACGAGGCACGUUCCACAGCGUGAGCAUACGGCGGGAACACUAGGAGAGAAACGUCAGAAAGGCUAGUCAUGGAGCUGUGUUGGCCACUGAGGGUGGUCCUAGCCCUACUGUUCGGGACCGCGUCCACCGGAGCCUGGAGAGCGUCUCAACCCAGACUACAGUUCACACACUCAGAGCUGAUCCAAAAUGGCCGCCUGCUAACCCUUCCCCUUGUGGCGGGAGACCUGUCCAUGCUGCUCCCCGACGAGGACGGCCGGCGUCUCUUCGUGGCUCUGAAGGACAACCUGCUGUCCACCAGCCUGGAUGACAUCACACAGAACCCUCGCAAGCUUUACUGGCCAGCCAGCCCUGAUCGUGUCCAGGAAUGUCUGAUGGCUGGGAAACAUCCAGAGACGGAGUGCGGUAACUUCCUGAGGGUGCUGCAGCCGUAUAACCAGACCCACCUGUAUGUGUGUGGCACCGGAGCUUUCAACCCCCGCUGCGUCUUCAUCGCCACCAGCCUCUUCCUCAAGUCGGAGCACCAGAGCCUCAGCUACGGACAGACGGAGUGCGGUAAAGGGAAGUGCCCCUACGACCCCCACCAGCGAACAGCCUCCGCCGUGGUCGAUGGGGAGCUGUAUGCUGGCAUCACCUCAGACUUCAUGAGCAGGGACUCCGCCUUCUUCCGUAGCCUUGGCAACCGCCGCGUGAUGCGCACGGAGCAGUAUGACUCCACCUGGCUGCACGAUGCUCAGUUUGUGCGUGUGGCCCCUCUGUCUGAGACUGAUAACCCGGAGGACGAUAAGGUGUACGUGUUCUUCACUGAGCGCGCUCAGGAGGCCGAGGGGGCUGCUGGGAAGGUGCUCUACUCCCGCGUGGCUCGCGUCUGCAAGAAUGACAUCGGCGGACAGAGGAGUCUGGUUAAUAAGUGGAGUACCUUCCAGAAGGCCCGGCUGGUCUGCUCAGUCCCUGGUGCCGACGGACUCCAGACGCACUUUAAUCAACUGCGUGAGUACACACACGCAUGCACGCACGCACGCACGCACGCACACACACACACACACACACACACACACACACACACACACACACACACACACACACACACACACACACACACACACACACACACACACACACACACACACACACACACACGCACAGAACACACACUUUGUUCCUGCCCGGUGCCAGGCCUGGAGCCGGGCCUGGGCGAUGGUGCCAGCGGGACUAGCUCAGGCGGGCGUCCGGCUCUGAGGAACGCCGGUCACAGGCCUUCGGAACUACUCUUCGUCAUAAUUCACGUGUCCAUCGCCUUCUGUGUCCAUGACUACCGCAUCAACAGUGUCUUUUGGGUGAGACUGACAUCCUGA